AUGGGAAACUGUGUUGCAUACCCUACAUCAGAAGAUGCCACCGGCAAAGUUAUUCUUUCCGACGGCACCGUCCAUGAAUUUGACAAACCAUUAACGGCGGCUGAGCUCAUGUUGGAGCACUCCCAACAAGUUGUGGUUGAGCUGCACUCAGCCGUGAAUGAGAAGCGGCCAACUCCAUUGCCUGCAGACAACAUGUUAGAGACCAGAAGGAUUUACGUAAUGCUUCCUGUUAAGCAGGGAAAGCUUGCUGCAUUGUCCAGUGAAGAAACUCGGCGGAUUCUUCUGACCGCAAACUCAGUUUUGCGUUCGAGGUCAUCGCUUUUGUCUUCGUCAAGGUUUCUUCCUUUGUUCGCUCGGAUCUUCCCUUCUACAGGUUUAGGAGAUAGGCAAGGGUUGUUGAUGCAGAAGAAGGAGAGCGACGAGAGGACUGAGAAGAGCUUUGUGUUAAUGGAAUCUUUGCCAGAGAUAUUAGAUGGAAGGCCAGACUAUUUGAGCAGGCAAUUAUCAGGCAAGGGAUGGAAACCGAGUUUGGAUACCAUAAAGGAGAAUAACAUUAAGAAAAAGAUGUCUCACUGGUUGUUUAAAAGAUGA